UGUCAUUUUGUGUCAUAAACAUUGCAUGAACCAAUACCACACACACCUGGCUUUAUCUAUAAGAAGAUGAUGAUCUUGCAGCCAUAGGAGACAACGAAGGAGGCGGACCGACAGAAGGAUUUCAAGAAGAACAAGGGGAUAUCCAUUCCUCUCAUAGAGCACCUGCUUGCAAGUCCCACAGAUACAAUGGGUUUUGGUGAAAGCACCCAGGGCAAUCAACGUAAGCUUGAUGGUCCUGGGAAAGUGUCAACUGAAUUAUCCCUAGUCAAUCUAGAAGCUAAAAAUUUGCAUCCUAAACCUGAGUGCAACCAACCUAUUGAACACAUACCUACCAAGGGUAUGAAGUGUACUCCACUGCUACCACUACCUACAGAACAUGCUGAUGAUGAGCCUAUAUAUGUGAAUGCAAAGCAGUACCAUGCAAUUAUCCGAAGGAGACAACGUCGAAAAAUUGUUGGAUCAGAAGAUAAAGUAGCAGCAAUUCGAAAGAGGAUCCUUGUUGAGGCUCGCCAAAAGCAAGCAAAAUUGAGGCAUAGAGGAAAAGGCGGACGGUUUAUUAGCAUAGAACAUCCCCUUGAACUUUCUAUGGAUGAUCAGAUAUCGAAAAACGGAGGAAGUGCCUCGCCUUCUUCAUCUACAGUGUCAGAAAACUCUAGCAAUGUGAACGGUUUUACAGGAGAUCUCUAAUGCCAUGGAUAGCAGCAAAGGUCAAUCGCAAUGGCUACAAUCUGAAGAAAAAAAAAAUCUCUAGAUGAAGCUGAACGUACAUGUGCAACCCACAUUAUUGCUCAUGUGGCAAAUGGCAAAUGAUCCCUAUCUUAACUAUUUGGCCGGUGUGCUUGUUGGCUUAGCUAUUUGAGGGGUGCUUAGCAACUCAUUUUAAAUGUUGAUAAAAAAUAAUUGUGUGGUGCUAAACUUUAAAUACGGUAUUACCGUCUUGGGAACUAGUUUGGCUCUUAUUUGGUUUGUGUUCCCCACAUAUCCUCUCUUACUCUCUUACUGUAAAGUGUAAAGUAUAGCCCACCAAUUAUUAAAUAUUAGUAACA